CAUCUUUCAACCACCACCAUGACAUCCCACUUGCGUGUGGCCGACGCGAACGACGUCCUGGACCGGCUCCGCCUCCAGUUCCACGCCAAGGGGACCCAGCAGCUCUCGGACCUCGACGCCUACUGUGCCCGCAUGGACACGGCCGGCGCCGGCACCCUCACGCGCAAAGAGCUCGAAACGUGCCUCAACUACUUUGGUUUGUUCCCGACCACUCAAGACGUCGGCGCGCUGGUCCGUAGCUUUGGAAGCACUGUCGGGUCGAGUUCGAGCAUCCAGUGGCGUCCAUUUGUCGACGCGCUGGGCGGUGAGUUGUCGACACUGCGCGAAGAGGCAGUGCGUCACGCCUUUGCUGCGGUGCCGAGUGGCUCGGUCGCCGACGUCGCGGCCGCCGGGCACUUUGACGACCACCCGCUCGCCGCGCGCGGCGUGCUGCGCGGCGACGACCUCCGCCACGCCUUUGCCGUCGGGCUCUCAAAAGCCACGCACGGUGGCGAUGCGAACAACAAUGUGGUGACGUGGCCGGCGUUCCGGACGUACUACGCCUCGGUGAGCCUCGCGUUCGCAGGCGACGACGAGUUUGUCGCGAUGCUGCGCGGCGUGUGGCGCCCACGCGCGCUGCACGUGGCGCCGGCUAGAGGCAUCUUUGGCAACAAGCGCAGCGUGCUGCUUGAGAAGCUCGGCCAGCGCACGCACAAGGAAGAGAACGAGCGCGAUGUUUUGAUGCGCGCGCUGCGCAAGCACGACGCGAGCGAGUCGGGCUUCGUGGCGCCGCACGAGCUGCAGAGAGCCUGUGAAGUGCUUGGUGUCGUCGUGACGAUGGACGAAGUGCACGACACCUUUGCGGUCGGGACGCGGGACGCCCGCGGCAAGCUCUCGGUCGCCUGGUUUGCCGACUUUAUCUGCGCCGACAGCAUUGCGUAAGCGUUCGAAGGUGCACCUAAGAGAAGCCUUUCCAUUCAGA